CCGACCCUCUUCGUUUUCGCUACAAAGGAAGCAAUAGCCAGCUUAGCUCGAGAGUGGAUCAGUGAGCGUGAAUUAAUUAAUUAAAGCUUCGCUAUGAGAACAGACAUCGAAAGCCUCUGGGUUUUCGCUCUAGUUUCGGAAUGGAGAGCUUUCAGUUCUGUAAAUUUGGUUUGGGGCGUCCUUGUUGUGGGCUUGGUUUGGCUAGUUUUUAGCUUGAUUUACUGGGUAUUUCCUGGUGGUCCAGCUUGGGGCAAGUACAGGUUCAGGCAAGUUUUGAACUUCAAGAAGCCUGCGGUUAUACCGGGUCCAAGAGGUCUGCCCGUGAUAGGGAGCAUGAGCCUCAUGGCUGGUCUUGCACACCACCGGAUUGCAGCCAUGGCCGAGGCAUGCGACGCCAAGCGUCUCAUGUCUUUCAGCCUCGGCGAGACCAGAGCCAUCGUAACGUGUCAUCCGGACGUCGCGAGAGAAAUUCUCAACAGUUCGGCGUUUGCAGAUCGUCCAGUGAAAGAGUCGGCUUACAGCCUUCUGUUCAACAGAGCAAUCGGCUUUGCUCCCUACGGGGUUUACUGGAGAACGCUCCGGAAAAUCGCAGCCGCCCACCUCUUCUGCCCCAAGCAAAUCAAAGCCUCGGAGGCGCAAAGGUCGGAGAUUGCUGCUCAAAUGGUUGCAAUGUUCGGCGCGCGCGCUGGAGCCGUCCGAGUCAGAGACUAUCUCAAACACGCCUCCCUCAACAGUAUGAUGUGCUCAGUCUUCGGACGCAAAUACCGCCUCGAUUCCAGCAACACAGAAACCGACGAACUCAGGAAACUGGUUGACGAAGGAUACGAACUUCUGGGCACGCUCAACUGGUCCGACCACCUCCCUUUCUUAGCCGACUUCGACCCACAAAAAGUCCGGUUCAGAUGCUCCAACCUUGUUCGCAAAGUGAACCGGUUCGUCGGCCGGAUAAUAGCAGAGCAUCGAGCAAAACCAGAGCAACCAAACCCUGAUUUUGUGGACGUUUUACUCUCUCUUCAGGGCCCCGAGAAACUAUCAGACUCCGAUAUGAUCGCCGUCCUAUGGGAAAUGAUAUUCAGGGGAACCGAUACGGUGGCGGUUCUGAUGGAGUGGAUACUGGCGAGGAUGGUGCUCCACCCGGAUGUCCAGUCAAGGGUCCACGAUGAGCUAGACAGAGUGGUCGGAAGGGCACGUGGCGUACGAGAUGGCGACGUAGGCGAGAUGGUGUAUCUAACCGCGGUUGUGAAGGAGGUGCUGAGGCUCCACCCGCCCGGCCCGCUGCUGUCGUGGGCGCGCCUAUCGAUUCAUGACACCGCCGUUGAUGGGCAUCACGUGCCGCCGGGGACCACCGCAAUGGUCAACAUGUGGGCCAUAAUGCGGGACCCACAUGUGUGGUCCGACCCGCUCGCCUUCAAGCCCGAGAGGUUCCUGGGUUCUGGGGCCGAGUUCUCGGUGCUGGGAUCCGACCUGAGGCUCGCGCCUUUCGGGUCGGGUCGGAGGACCUGCCCCGGGAAGGCCCUGGGCUUCAGCACGGUCAGCUUCUGGGUAGCCUACAUUUUGCACGAGUUUGAAUUGUGGCCGUCGGAUCGGAAUACUAUUGACCUCUCGGAGGUGCUAACGCUGUCUUGUGAGAUGGCGACUCCGCUGAGCGUUAACGUGCGACCAAGGCGUCAGGCUUGAAUUUGAGAGUGAAGAAGGGAAAAAAAAAAGGAAAAAAAGAAACGAAAGGAAAUGAAAAGACUGUUUUCUGCGGGGGUCCCAAAGUGUUGAACCCUUCCCCUUCUUUGCUUUCAUGCUUGUUUGAUAGUGCUUUAUUAUUAUUAUUAUUAUUGGCCUUUUUGACAGUUGAGUUUCAAGGUCUCUACUUCUAUGUUAUUUGACUGAUGUAAAUAUACAUGGUGAAAGCAUUACUACAUGUUUGUUUGUGUCA